GCGGGUGGCGAGCGGAGUCUCCGCAGCGGCCGGGCGGGUUGCAGUCGGGCAGGUGGAAGAGGCGAGGCCGGGGCUGGAUCCGACAGGGCGCGGGGGUCGCGGGCGCCCCGGGAGCUGCCUGGAGCGGGGAGCCCGGCUGUAGGGCCCCGCUCCUGCCUUUGCACCCCCAGGGGGGGGGGGGAUCCUGCGUGGGGCUGAUGCUGCAUUAAAGCCGCCCCAGCCGUCGGGGGGCAGGAGCUGGGGGGAGCCCCGCGGCGGGGGCGGGGGGUCCUGGGCUCGCCCCCCGGGCGCGAUGCGGGGCGCCCGGGGGCAGCUGGCGGCGUUGCGGGGGCUGCCCCCCUGCUGAGCCCGGGGACUGGGGGGGGGCUCCCCGCUGGGGGUUCGCCCGGCCCCGCCGCGUGCGGGAUGGAGGGGCCGGGCUGCGGCGAGCCGCUGCCCCCCGACCUGAAGGAGCUGGAGAGCAAGGUGGGGCGGCGGGCCCCCGAGGGGCUGGUGCGCUGGCUGCGGGAGGACCCGGCCGCCGCGCUGCUCGGGGAGAGCCCGGCCCGGGGGCAGCGCCGGGGGCUGGCCGGGAAGAUCAAGGCGCUGAAGCUGGAACUGGCCUACCUGCGAGCUAUCGACGUCAAGAUCCUGCAGCAGCUGGUGGUGGUGAACGAGGGCAUCGAGGCCGUGAAGUGGCUCCUGGAGGAGAAGGGGACCCUGACCAGCCACUGCAGCAGCUUGGCCAGCAGCCAGUACAGCUUGGUGGAGAGCCAGGAGACCUCGCGCCGGGGCAGCUGGACCAGCCUGCAGGACCCCAGUGAGAAGCUGGACAGCAUCUCCGUUGGCAGCUACCUGGACACGCUGGCUGACGAGAUGGACGAGUACAGCCAGGGCGCCAUGGAGCCUGUCCUGUCCUCCACGCCGGGCAGACCAGGCAUCCCACCGGCCAGGCUGGAGCAGGACUGGUCCAGGAGCGACCCAGACAGGGGCCUGCCCAGUAAGCCAGGCAGCCCGCAGGACAAAUGCAAAGCGGACCCGGAGUGGCUCCGGAUGGACCAUUCCUUGGCCCGGCCUGCCCAGGAGCAGAGCACCAGGGACUCAGCCAGAGCAGCAAAGCAGCCCGCUGGCCCUCAGCCGCCCCAGGUGGCCAACGGCUUCUUGGGCAGACAGGCUCCUGCUUUGGAACCCAGUAAAGAGGCCAAGGGGGAGAGGCUGAGCAAGAGCAGCCCGGCUCGGACGGCCUGGAGGAACGGCCAAGUCGACUGUGAGCCCUGCAAGCUCAAGGGCAAACUCCACCUGGAGUACGACGCCCACUGGCGCUGGGUGCAGUCGCAGGACGAUGUGACCUUCUUGUAGCCUCUGGAACCCAGCUCGCGAGGGGCCGCGUGGAAUCCUCCGCGCCCGCCCGGCCGAUCCUCGCCCAGAUAAGCACUCGGCGUACGGAGGGGGAGACCAAACUGGCUGCACUGGGCUUCCUCAAAAUUCCCCACGAGCACCGGUGGGAUCAGCCUGCGGCGCUCCCCACGGCGUCCCCUUUGCAACGUGACGUUUCCCUCGGGGUCGGCGUGGGACCUGCGCAAUGCCAGACCGUGGCGCUGCACGGCGGGAAGUUGGACUUCUCCUGAAUCGUGAAGAGGGGCGAUCGCACUAGGGGGGUAACGGGAGGAGCAAGGCUGCACCUCCCAUAAAGGCACUUGGGGCUCACCCCGCUUUUAUUAGUGCAGACGCUAGCGCAGGAUAGAGAGCUCUUCUCCAUUGGUUCGAUCCUGCGGUCAGCCGUCACCCUGGGUUUAAGGAAGGGAGGGUGGUGGAGUGAUUAGAGCAUGGGUCUAUUCCUGGCUCUGCCUCCGACUGGGACAUUAGCCCCUUAACUUUGCCAUGCCUCAGUUUACCCUUCUGCAAAAUGGGCCAAUACGCUACCUACCUGGCCGGAGCAGGCGUUUACUGACGGGCCAGUAGUGCUGCACCAGGAGGCAGACGGAGCCCAGCCCGGGGAGCAUGGAGGUCCUGCAGACAGAGCCUGUUGGAGCGGGGCGUGUCAGCACUUGGGGCCUUGCAGCCUUUGCCAUGGCUGGGGCGGGGAUGUCACGGGCUGGGCAUGACCUCACUGGAGGACUGGGCCAGGGCAGCGGAGUGGUUGUAGAGAGGGAGCCCCAUGUUUCAACGACGCAUCUGGGUUGUUUCUAGAGCCUCUACGUUUUCCUUUUCUACGCCUGCUGCCCCGCCCCGCUCCUAUCCUCACCGCCCCACUGCUGCCCCUCGAAACCAGGUGAGAGGGCUGGGGGGGCCUAAAGGGCCCCUAAAAGCCCCAGUUGGAGUCAGGUGGGGAUUUCCCCAGGGGCAGGCACUGCGGAGAACAACCGUAGGGCUGCCCUCCAAGGACUCUGCUGCAAGCCCUGGCGCAGGGGGCAUGCUGGGAGGGGGGCUCAAAGUGGACUUUGGGGGUGGAUUCUAGGCAGUGCUGCGGACCAUGGGACAGCCUGGGGAGGCGGCUGUAACUUAAACAGGCCCCCAGGAGUGCCUAUGUUAUAGGGGCCCUAGACCAGCCCAAGAUAAGAAUGCAGCCGGGCAUGUUGGGCUGCAUGAGUAGGAGCAUUGCCAGCAGAUGAGGGAAGUGAUUAUUCCCCUCUAUUCGGCACUGGUGAGGCCACAUCAGGAGUAUUGCGUCCAGUUUUGGGCCCCCCACUGCAGAAGAGAUGUGGACAAAUUAGAGAGAGUCCACAACGGAAAUGAUCAGGGAUCUGGGGCACAUGACUUAUGAGGAGAGACUGAGGGAACUGGGAUUGUUUAGUCUUCAGAAGAGAAGAGUGAGGGGGGAUUUGAUAGCAGCCUUCAACUACCUGAAGGGGGAGGUCCAAAGAGGAUGGAGCUCGGCUGUUCUCAGUGGUGGCAGAUGACCGAACAAGGAGCAAUGGUCUCAAGUUGCAGUGGGGGAAGUCUGGAUUGGAUAUUAGGAAACACUAUUUCACUAGGAAGGUGGUGAAGCACGGGAAUGGGUUACCUAGGGUGGUGGUGGAAUCUCCAGCCUGAGAGGUUUUUAAGGCCCGGCUUGACAAAGCCCUGGCUGGGAUGAUUUAGUUGGGGUUGGUCCUGCUUUGAGCAGGGGGUUGGACUAGAUACCUCCUGAGGUCUCUUCCAACCCUAAUCUUCUAUGAUUCUAUGAUCAGGGUGCAAAGGUGGCUUAAAAGUCUCGAGAACACCCCUCUGGGCGGCAGGUUCUCGGCAGCACCUCUUGGCAGGGCACAGAAUCCCCCCCGUGCGUAUCGGGUCAGAUCAAAUUUGUAACUGCCCAGCCCCCAACCUUGCCCGGGGAUCUGUAAGUCCAGCUUCGCCUCCCGUCCAGUCUGUCUGGCUCAGCCGAAUUGCACUGCAGACGCAAGCAGGUACAAUUGACAGGUUCGCCCUGGCACACCUAGGUCGUUCUUCCCGAGCCGGGGUGGGUUUAUUCCAGGACUGAAAGCAGAAAAGUGAUUAAAACUUUUUUGUCAUUAAAAUCAACCAGUGCGAAUCCGAAGCCACCCAAGGAGCUGCUUUGUGCCAUUGUUAUGUGGGCACGUUCCAUCGGAACUGCGUUUUAAACCAGUUUUCUUCAUGUUUCCAAACGCCUCUCCGUUUUGGGUAGAAGUUGAGUCUGGACAUUGGUUGGCCUACAACUUUGCAUUGCAUCUUGAGAUGGAAACCUGCCCCAGUCAUAACCUAGGCGUGGAUAACCAGGAGUUGGGGACCUAGCAGCCCAUACCUGCAAGGCAAAUGGGGUGAUAAUUUAAAGGAGACAUGAGACCAUCUAACCCGCUGUAGGUCUCUCUUUGUGACUGUUUCAAGCCCAACCCAACCGUUGCCGCACCCCUUUGGUGCAGACCGACGCUGAACACCAAAUCAAUUGGCGAGGCAGAAAGACCCUCUGCCUGGCGUACCCGGUCUUUGUCCUUCUCUUUCUGUGCUGAACGUGGCUUGGCUUGGGAGGUUCAUCCCAACGGUCUGAAUCGCGGUCCGGAAGAACCCUGCAGGCCUGAUUCCCUUUCCCUGAUGCUGCUGCAAAUCCAGAGCACUUCCACGGGAGGCAGUGUAAACACAAGUGUGCUGAAACUGGUUUGAAGUGGUUUCCAUUAUAUCCAGGGGUUACGGUUUGGUUCAAUGGCUCUCAGCACCUCAUUAUACAAAUUGUUCCAGGCCCCCUGCAAGUGUAAGGGACGGGUAAUCCCGGCAGUGUAAAUUUCGGCAACUGGAGAAAAGGAGAAGCGGGUUCCGACAUAGCAUUGUCCCUUCCUUGACCCAUGUAAGGGCGACGGGAUUGCUGAACGCACUCGAGACCUGCUUAUGCUCAGCCCAGGAAUCUGUGAGCGCAAUGGCUGCCCGCUGUCCUCAUGCCCAGAAGCAGUGCCCAUAUUUCACCCGGAUUGCCAGGUUCCUAAGGCACUCAGCCCGGGAUGGCACCACCUGAACGACUGGGAAUUCUGACUCCUCUUCCGUUGAGCCCUCCAGGAUUUGGCAGCCGCACCUUGGAUAUCGCUCUUAAUAUUAAUUCACUACCAAGCCCUGACCUUCAUUUGUGGUGGUUUGGCUUUUUUGUGUGUGGUUAAAACGCAUCUUCCCAGUGCAGCUGAUCCACAUCUCGCUUAUUUCCCCACAGCAGCAAGGCUGGAUCCUCAGGGCUGGGUUGUACGUGGACUGGCCAAAAGCGGAACAAAACUGAAAUUCAUGGGAAGGGGAUGGGCGACCGAAAGGCCACCUUGGCCUCGGGAAACCACAGUGACAAAACCCGGCAGUCCUGAAGCUUCCUGUAUCGCAUCCCCGGGACCAGCGCUGGGGCAGAGAAAAGACUGACUCCAUAAUGACCCAUCCCAAGAGGCUGUCUGUCUGUCUCUGCCCUUCCCAGCCUCUCCUGGUUUGCUGCCAUCCACACACGUCGCGUGUACACACAGCUACCUUCGUUUCCCAUAUAACCAGCGAAGCACCUGAAAGCAGUGGCGGCCCAUUGCCGGGGAAGGGGGCACCCUGCUUUAUUUAUCCAUGUUGUGCCAACUAAUGCUUCCUUUGCCAUGUUGCAUGUCAGCACAUGGGCACCUCUGCUCUGACGGCUGGGUAGCGAGCCGGUACCCUGGGGGAGGGAGGAAACACAGGUCAGGAUGCGCUCCAGGAGCAGGGUUGGCCAGUGCUGUUAAUAAAACCACUGUCAAUGUGAAUAGCCUGCUUAAUAAACAAUAACCCUCCUAAAACA